GCUGCUGGAGCCUUGCCUGCUCUCCACAGCUGCUCCAAGGGUCUGGCACACAGGCAAGGAGAAGGAGCAGGUACUGGGCAGGCUGGUCCUUGGGGGGCAUCUCGGGCCCACGGCGUGACCGGCAGCGGCGUGUGCGAGUGGGCAGGGAAGACAGCUUGAAUUAUUGAUGAGGGCGAUGGCGCGGCCGCCGGUGUGGAGCGAGAUGCGGGUGGGAAUCCUGCUGCUGUCGGCGCUCAGCCUGCUCAGCGCGAGGCUCGUGGGCGCUGGCCAGGACCCCGGGAGUGCCAUCCCUGCAGAAAGCCGGCCCUGUGUUGACUGCCACGCGUUCGAGUUCAUGCAGAGGGCGUUGCAGGACCUGAAGAAGACGGCGUUCAGCCUGGACACGCGGACAGAAACCCUCCUCCUGAGAGCAGAAAAGAGAGGCCUGUGUGAUUGCUUUCAUGCAAUACACUGAAAUGAGCACUGGGAUUUGGCCAAUGGACAUAUAUUCAUUUUUAAAAUGCUGUUCAGUAAAUUACAGGAAGAUUCAGAGUGCAAGUUGUGCCCCACCAUAAGGAAAAGCAUUUUUAUCAAAACAGGUAUAGCUCAGAUUAUUUUUGCUUUGUUGUGGUUUGUCACAAGUCUAUGUGAUAUUGCAUCUGCUGAAAUGUCAAGAGAAGAAACAGUGCCAAAGUCUUGCUUAUGGGUUUUAUGCAAGGAUAGCAUUCUGCUUUUUUGGUAUUUCAAGCCAAAAACUGCCCUUGGACUCUCAGGCCAACCUCUUGGCUUAUGUGAAUUGCCAUAGAUGUGUGAAAGUCAGUGAAGUCAAUUUUUAAAAUGUAUUUAUAGAAGAAUAACAUGAAAAGGAAUCUGCUUUGCCAUGAUGCAUAGACACGUAUUUACAAACAAUCAGACUUGUCAUUAUAUAGAAAUUAAUAGUUAUCACUGACUGCUUGGCUGUCUAAGGAAGGGAUUUGUUGCACAAUUGUAUCAAUAGUCCAGUGCACAGCAAACACAGCAAUCUGUCUCACAAUUUUGAUUUCUUCAGAGCCACACAGUAGCUGUGAUCUUUUUGGAGAGAUUUAUUAAGUAUCUAAUGUGAUCAGUAACAUUUGUAAUCACAUGAAUACUGCCUGGCAGUUGAACUGAUUGCGUCUGCCAAAAUCUUCUGGAGAAGUGUCUUUCAUUAAGCAAAUCACAUGCUGGAUUGAACCACUCAAAGUGGCCUCUACAGAGAGUUUUGGCAGAGAGCCUACACAAUGCCUGCCUGCCCAGGAGUCUCUUGCAAACUGUGUUUUGGGAAAUACUUCAAUUCUACCAAAAUGGUCCUUAGCUCUUGCACGGACUCUGCACUCUGUCAGGGUGGGUGCUGAUGUUAUUUGUAUUUCUGCUGCAGAGACAAGAGAGAACAAACCAAUUAAAGCAGUGUAGUAGUAGUAGACAACAAGAUUGUGCCUUGUUACUCUUUAAAAGAGAAUAGCAAAUCCUUUCUCAUUGUUUGCAUUUUUUCCUUUAUUUUGGGAAGAACAGAAAAUGGCCCCAGUGGAAAGUUCCUGUUGAUAAUGAUACAUUUUUCAUUGGGCUUAAAACAUCAUCCCCAAAGUAGAGAUUUGUGUGUCAGCUCAAGCAUCUAUGUACAGGCUCAAAAUUUUUAUACAAACAAGAAUAUUGGAACAGAAUAAAAAAAAAAAAAAACGUAAUUUUACUAAUUCUUUUCAGUGUGUCUGUCUUUCCAUAAGCGGCUGGUGUUUUUGAUAUUUUGCUCUCAGCCUGCUCAGUAAGUUAGGAUGGAAGCUGUGUGUUUCCAAACUGCUUCUCUCCCAUUUUGUCUACAACAUCAAACACAGGGAAAUAGGGAACUUUGACCCACUGCCAAGUUGUUAUUUCAUGUGCAGUCCUACUCAGUAACACAAAGGAACAUGUUGCCAUAUAUAUUGCCAAAGUUGUUUGAAAGGCGUGUGGUUCUCAGCAAGGAAAACCUUCCUUGCACCUGCAUUUCAAAUAAGAAAUCCCCUUUGUCCUUUGUAGUAUUCCAGCAAGCCCCUUUAGAGGUCCUUGGGACCUGUUUUGUGUACAAGAGAAGCAGCAUGACACAGCAGCAGCUCCCUUCUGGUAGCACCACCCUGCACUGUGGCACCGGUCAAUAGAGCAGGAAAGGUUUUCCUCAUAUGUGGGAAUCCAGGACAUUCCUCUGGGUGCCCUGGAUGGCCAGAGCCGCUGGCAGGGGGCUCUGAGACCCUGGCAUGCAGCCAAAGACACACGUGGGGUUCUGAUCUUAGCCCAUGGAGCAAAUUACUAACUCUGU